AUGAGACAGGUGGGAACACACAGCUCAGACAGCCCUCAUCCCUCUAGGUCUGGACAGGAACAGGCCAUUGUCAACCACAGCUCCCCAGUGGACUUUCUCCUUCUGGGCUUCUCUGAACACCCAGGGCUUGAAAGAAUCCUCUUCGUGGUUGUCUUGAUCUCUUACCUCCUGACUCUGGUGGGCAACACACUCAUCAUCCUGCUGUCCGUGCUGGAUCCCAGGCUCCACUCCCCGAUGUACUUUUUCCUCUCCAACCUCUCCUUCCUGGACCUCUGCUUCACCACAAGCUGUGUCCCGCAAAUGCUGGUCCACCUCUGGGGCCCAAGGAAGACCAUCAGCUUCCUUGGCUGCUCUGUCCAGCUCUUCAUCUUCCUGUUCCUGGGGACCACGGAGUGUGUCCUCCUGACCGUGAUGGCCUUUGACCGCUACAUGGCUGUCUGCCAGCCCCUCCACUAUGCCACCAUUAUCCACCCCCGCCUGUGCCGGCAGCUGGCAGCGGUGGCCUGGAUAAUGGGUCUGGUCCAAUCGGCAGUCCAGACACCACCGACCCUCCGCCUGCCCUUCUGCCCACAUCGGCAGAUAGAUGACUUUGUGUGUGAAGUCCCUUCUCUAAUUCAACUGUCCUGUGGAGACACCACCUACAAUGAGAUCCAGUUAGCUGUGUCCAGUGUCAUCUUCCUGGUCGUGCCACUUACCCUCAUCCUUAUCUCUUACGGUGCCGUUGCCCGGGCAGUGCUGAGGAUUAACUCUGCCGUAGCAUGGAGGAAGGCUCUGGGGACCUGCUCCUCCCAUCUCAUUGUGGUCACUCUCUUCUACAGUUCAGUCAUUGCUGUCUACCUCCAGCCCAAAAAUCCCUACGCCCAGAAGAGGGGCAAGUUCUUUGGUCUCUUCUAUGCAGUGGGCACUCCUUUACUUAAUCCCCUCAUAUACACCCUGAGGAACAAGGAGGUAAAGAGGGCGCUCAGGAGGUUGCUGGGGAAAGACAGGGACUCUAGGGAGAACUAAAGGUGAGCUGCUUGAUGUGCUUUCAUUGAGAGGAUAUUCUUUAUUUUUUUUCAAACAAGUUUGACCCCUCCAGUCUACAGCCUUCCCUAUACCUAUCCAAGUUGCUAUGGCCGGUCACAGUGUGUCUGUGUGUGUGUGUGUCUGUGUGUGUGUAUGUUACAGGAGACAUGUGUGUUGGAAAAAGGGAAACAGAGUUUAAAAAAAAAAAAGAGUAGAGAGAACUUCAAGGAGCUUUGGUAUGAGUGAAAUCAAGGAGAGGUCUGGGGUCUACAUGUAGGCAGGAGUAAGUGUCUUUGGAUGGCGGGCCUUCCCUGCUACCCCUCCCCGUGCACUUUUCCCGUACUUUACAAAGGGGAGAAAACAGCCCCUGAAUGCAGGGAACGGGGCCUGAAGGAAGCCUGCAGCCUGGAGGACAGGUAGACAAGAACUGUUGUCCCAGGACUGUGAGUGUUCAGGGCCCCACCAGCCUGUGCUUCAGACGACACUCGCACCCAUCAGCUGAUGCCACAUGGCCUGCAGGCUCCUGCUGGGUUGCCAGGGUCUCAACAGUUGAGCAAAGCAAAGACUAAACCCCUGAGGUCUCCACUCCCAGGCAGAAUGUAUUAAUCAUGUCUUUCAUUUGUUAUAUCCUGAUGCUUUGACAUCUGGGGUUUUGUUGACUCUGGAGGGACUUGCCCCAAGACUAGCUCAUUCCUGGACUUCCCUGAUGGCACAAUGCAUAAGGAUUCGCCUGCCAGUGCAGGGGACACAGGUUCAACCCCUGGUCCUGGAAGAUUCUGCAUGCCUCGGAGCAAUGGUGCCACAACUACCAAGCCCCUGCUCUAGAGCCUGAGAACCGCAACUAAUGAAGCCUGCCAGCUCUAGAAUCCUUGAGCCAAAACUAGUGAACCCCAAUGCUGCAGCUUCUGAAACCCGCGUGCCCUAGAGCCAGCAAGCCACAAUUACUGACCCUGAAUGCUGCAACUACUGAAGCCCAGGCACCUAGAGCCUGUGCUCCGCAAUAAGAGAAGCCACCUCAUGUGAAACCUAUGCACCGGAUCUAGAGAGCAGCCCCUGCCACAACUGGAGAAAGCCCUGGCACAACAGCUGCGCAGUAAAAGGUCACCCUGAGAGUGGCUUUUCAAAUGCAAAUCAACCAACUCAGAGCCCAGACCCCAAUCACCUCCUUCAUCACGCUCUCACACUCCAGGCCACCAUCCACCCACCCUAAUCUCGCCAGGGCCAGGUUCCAGACAACUAGAAACAGCCCCUUUGGCAGAGUCCACUGAAAUUAUACAAACUAGCUAGUUCUCAACCUCCUUCUGUCUUGUCCACUCCUUUCUGCCGAAACCAUGUGAAAGCCUCUUGCCCACAGUUCUCUGCUCCUCUCUCUUCCUGUGACCAACUUUGCUGCUUUCUAAUGUGGCCCUGCACGGCCACCUGCUCUUGAAAUCUAUGAGUAAUAAGGCAUCUCUUCAGAGACCAUCAUUUUCUAAACUGUUGGCAUAACCGAUUUUCACACCUAUAGUUUAAGACAGUUUUAGAGGUGUGUCAGUUACCUCUUGCUGUCACUUACAGUAAGUCCCCCUCCCCUUACAGAUUUCACAAAUAGAAAUCCUCACCUCCAAAGUCACUGAGUGUCAUGUUGGUCCUGACUGGCCAGACCCUAGUUGACAACAGAGAACCUGCCCACUGGAGCUGGGGAUUUACAGCCUGCAGCUGUUACAGGAGGAAACAUGGGUUCCUUCUGGGAAAGACUAACCCAGGGGAUUUCCUACCCAUUGAGGGCCAGAGUUCAGAGAAAUGCUGCCCCUUCAAGAGAUGUGAAAACAAACCUGGGAUCCUGGUCAUCCCUCUUUCCUCUUCCCUUCCUGUGUGAAAUUACCUCCCUCCCAGAGACAGAACAGACCUGGACUCCCUGGCUGCCUUCAUUCUUGAUCAAAAACAUUUUUUUCCUCAGGAGUUUUCACACAUCCUUGGCUACGAAUGCAGCAUCAGAAUGGAUCCUCUUGCUCUGUGUUCUAAAAAAGUAAAAUUCUCUUCAAGACAGAAUAUUCUCAGUUUAUUUAUUUUCUGCAGUUUUUGUUGCUUAGUUGCUAAGUCAUGCCCAACCCUUUUGUGACCCCAUGGACUGUAGUCCACCAGGCUCCUCUGUCCAUGGGAUUUCCCAGGCAAGAAUACUGGAGUGAGUUGUCAUUUCCUUCUGCAGAGGAUCUUCCCUGCCCAGGGAUCGAACCCACAUCUCCUACAUUGGUUCUUUACUACUGAGCCACCUGAGAAGACCCUGUUUAUUCUCUAGCAAUAUAAAAAUAAAUCAGACAAGGAGUAGAAUUAGACUGUGGGAAUUCUGACAGGUUAAGGAGAUGGAGUAAGUAGCGCAUAGGCCCAUGAACCUCCCAUCUUGCCCCAGGAUGAUGGAGUGGCCUUGACCAAAUCAAUCCACCCAUCGAGUCCUCCAUGGGGAAGAUGCUUCCUUUCCUUCUAGGAGUAAAGUCUCAUGAGAGAAUGUGAGAAAGUGCUUUGAAAACACACUAUUAACAGAAUAGAAAAAAUAAUGCUUUAGAAAUGCAAACCAAACCCAAAAAUUAAUUAAUCAAUUUUAAAAAAUAAAAUAAACAUGGCGUCCUGGGACUUCCCUGAUGGUCCCGAGGUUGAGAAUCCAUCUUCCAAAGCAGGGGAUGUGGGUUCAAUCCCUGACUGGGGAACUAAGAGCCCACAUGCUAUGAAACCCUAAAAUCACAGCUAGCAAAAAGCCUGCCCAUGGCAACUAAGACCUCAGGCAGAGCCAAAAAAAUAAAAAUGGGAUCCUGAAUUGAUGAAUCAGAGGCUUGAAAGGACUAUCUGGAAGCCUGGGGGGACUCUCUGAAGGUGGUAGAAAGGAGAGAUCACUUUGUUCUCCCUACUGACAGAAUCGGUGGGUGAUCUUUUUACCUCCCACAGGGAUGACUAUUGCUGGCGCAUCUCCUCUAAAUAUCCCCCUCCCCUGCUCCCCCCACCCUCUCUACAAUGACUAGUGACUAGCUAAUUAACCUGAACUGUGAGGCCCCAGGGUCUUAGCAGAGUAAUGAGUGCUACCUCUCCGUGGGAUGGGAGUCCUGGGACCCCUCCCUCCACCACCACACAGUGUCAAUCCUUAACCUCCCUUGCCAUUAAAACAGGCUAACAGCUCCUCUAGACAGAGGGAGAAGAUUGUUCGCAAGGAGCUCCACAGCAUAGGUAACUCUGACCUCCACCCCCAUUGGCCUCCCCUUCCCUCCAGAGAUAUUCAGGGCUGUGGUUGGGGCACAGUCUCUGCAACCCACUGCGUGAGUGUGUGCUAAGUCACUUCAGUCAUGUCUGACUCUUUGUGACCCCAUGGACUGUAGCCGGCCAGGCUCCUCUGUUCAUGGGAUUCUCCAGGCAAAAAUACUGGAGUGGGUUCUACAACUCACUACUUAGUUUCAAAUAUCAGCUUACUAACUACAUUGUCUGGGUAAAGUUAUUUAAACAUUCUUGAGCAGGGGCCAUUGCUAAUCUUCUCUGUAUCAUUCUAAUUUUAGUAUAUGUGCUGCCCAGAGGGAGCACAAGCUAUUUAAAUAUUCUUAGUUUCAAUUAUCUCAUCUUCCUUAGCGACUAAACCACCACCACUACCGCCAAAAGGAAGAUAACACAGAGAACUGUGGUAAGGACAAUCAGCGAUGUGCCGGCAAAGGUUUAACAACCAGCUUGGCUGUGGGGGAGCCCUGUCUUAAAGUGUUUAAAUUGAAGUGUUGCCAGUUUCCAUUAUGUAAAUAUUUCUGCCAUGGCUGAUUCAAGCUACCAAUAGUUUAGCAUGUGUUUGACAAAAUUCCUGAAAAUUAAACAAUCAAGAGCUAAUAUGAGUCAACUGCAACACAUCACAGGUACAUACGCUUAGAAAAGUGCCUAGCAAUAAGUAUUAGCAAUCUGUAUUGUGAUCAGAGACCUACUGCCCAUUCAAGGAUGUCCAUUCCUCUUUACUUUAGGUUUUCCCCUCAAUGUCCAAAAGAAGGCUAGGCACCAGUUAAGAGUUUUGUCAUCACUGGCAGCAGAAAAGAUUUUUAUGUGAUUGAGGGUAAAUAAAAAGCUUGUUCUCCUCCUUU